AUGUCCGCCUCCGCCCUCGCCCUGGUCCUCUUGGCGUCCGCGCCCUUGGCCACCCUCGCCCAAACCUUCCAACGCCUCGGCGCCUGCCCAGACCUCGGAUGCGUUUUCCCGCCCGACCAAGCCCAUUUCCUCCCCGGCCAAAACUUUGACAUCCGCGUCGAGAUCCACGCGCCGGUUAACGGGACCGAGGCCUUCAACGACGGCGUGCCGGACCCGGAGUUCACCCUCACGAUUGCGAGCAAUAGCGAGCCCGAGGGCAAGUCUGUCGUCGAUUUCUUUGGGAUCGAGAAGGAGCCUGAGCUGGAGACGUGGACGUUCUCGUGGUAUGAGGAUCUGUUUGCGCAGGAUGCGGGGAAUAAGUCUGUGGUGAAUGUGGCGUCCAAGGCUUACCGUCACUUGUCACUGUAUGAGCCGGGGAACUACACGGUUGAGUUGAACUAUUACAACGGCACGAAGAAGACCCUGGCGGAGUGGCUGGUUCGUCCCCUUGCUGAGGAGAAGAAGGCCAAGAAUGUGAUUUUGUUCAUCGGGGACGGUAUGACGACGAACAUGAUUACGGCUGCACGCUUGUUGGGUCACAAGAGCGUGAAUGGAAAGUAUCAGUCGAGGAUGCAGAUGGAUCAGUUCCCUAUCUUGGGGCAUCAGAUGACACAUUCCGUCGACAGCUUCAUCACUGACAGCGCCAACUCUGCGUCCGCGCUAUACUCUGGUCAUAAAGGCACAUCGGACUCCAUGGGUGUAUACUCCGACUCAUCGGCAGAUGACUUUGACGACCCCAAGGUCGAGACGAUUGUAGAGAUGGUAGUUCGCGUCUGGGGAUCCGCUUGGGGCGCCGUGACAACUGCUGCUCUCGACGAUGCCACUCCAGCAGCAUUGACCGGUCACAGCAGAUCUCGAUCCAACGCCGGCUCUCUCAUCGAUCAAGCCCUCAAUGGCAUGACGAACUACUCUUGGAGCAGCCACCCCGGCCCAGACGUCUACUUCGGCGGCGGUGCCUCGACCUUCCUCCCCGGGGCAACCUCGUACGAGAGCAAGGACUACUACGAAGAAUUCCGCAAGCAAGGCUACUCCGUAAGCUGGAACGCCACGUCUCUUCGCGAAGCACCCAUCGAUUCCCCAGCCCUCGGCGUCUUUUCCACCUCCCACCUGCCCGUCUGGCUCGACAGGAAGAUCUUCAAAGACAACAUCGCCGCACUCAAGACCCACCCCUCCGGAGACGGCUCCGCGCCGCUCGAUCUCCCAGGCCUGAAAGACAUGACUCUCAAGGCCGUCGAUAUCCUCAUCGAGCGCAGCAACGACACGGGCUUCUUCCUCAUGUCCGAGGGCGCCUCGAUCGAUAAGCAGAUGCACGCGCUAGACUACGACAGAGCCCUGGGCGACCUCCUCGAAUUCGACGACACGAUCCGCGCGACGGUGAAGAAGCUCAGCGAGGCAGGGGAGCUCGAGAACACGCUCAUCGUAGUGACGGCCGACCACGGUCACGGCUUCGACGUCUUUGGCGUCGCUGAUACGAAGUACCUCGCCGCACAGGACACGGACCGCAAGAAGCGCGACGCGAUUGGCAUCUAUGAGCGGUCUGGCUUGUCACAGUAUACCGUUUCCCGGCCAGACGGUAUCGAGUACGGUACUGGGCCUAACUUCCCGUCCAACUGGAGCCCGCGGUACGCUAUUGCGCCUGCGUUCGGUGCCAACCCGGAUCGGAAUGAGAAUUACCAGCUGCAUGAGAGCCCCCGUCGGGUGGCGGUGAGCGGUGAGGACGGAUACGUUGCGAACCCCGAAGAUGGCGAGGAUGGUUUCUUCGUUCCGGGUACUAUCCCGACGUCAUCUUCGUCAGGUGUUCAUUCCCUGACUGAUGUGCCCGUCUUCGCUAUGGGGCCCUGCCAGGAGACGUUUGCGGGUGUGUACGACAACACGGAUGUCUUCUUCAAGAUUGCUUCUUGUCUUGGGCUUGGACAGUCUUCCCCGACACCCAAGAGGAAGUGA